AUGGAUACAUUUUCGCAUGUUCCUCCGGGUUUUAGAUUCCAUCCAACAGAUGAAGAACUGGUAGAUUACUACCUCCGCAAGAAAGUAGCUGCAAGAAAGAUUGAUCUUGAUGUCAUCAAAGAUGUUGAUCUCUACAAGAUUGAACCCUGGGAUCUUCAAGAUUUAUGCAAGAUAGGUAGUGAAGAGCAACAAGAGUGGUAUUUCUUCAGCCACAAAGACAAGAAAUAUCCAACAGGAACACGGACCAACCGAGCUACCAAAGCUGGAUUCUGGAAAGCAACAGGUCGAGACAAAGCAAUCUACACAAAGCAUAACAGCUUGAUUGGCAUGCGAAAGACUUUGGUUUUCUAUAAAGGUCGAGCCCCUAAUGGUCAAAAGUCUGAUUGGAUUAUGCAUGAGUAUCGCCUUGAGACUAAUGAAAAUGGAACUCCUCAGGAGGAAGGGUGGGUAGUUUGCAGGGUGUUCAAGAAGAGAAUGGCAACAGUUCGCAAAUUAGAUGACUCUCCAUGUUGGUAUGAUGAUCAACUCUCCUUCAUGUCUGAUAUGGACUCUCCAAGAAGAUUAAUCCCUCAUCAACACCCUAAUUACCACCAUAUCCCUAAUUGUAAUUUCCAUCACCAUCAAAUGUACCCUUGCAAACAAGAACAUGAGAUUGUCCCCUACAACAUUUCCCAUCAUGAUCCUUACCUUCAAUUACCUCAAUUGGAAAGCCCUAAAAUGCCCCAACCUAGCGCGAUUUGUACCUCAAUACCUCCCUAUGGAUCAACAAGCACCAACUUACCAUCUUCAAUCCUUACCCAAGAACAAAUUUUACAUUCUAUUUAUGGAAACAAUAAUUGUGGUUCUAAUCAACAAGUUGUUGAUGAUCAAGUUACAGAUUGGCGAGUUCUUGAUAAAUUUGUUGCUUCACAACUUAGCCAAGAUGAAGGUGCACCAAAUCAUCCUAGUAAGGAUUCAAAUUACUCGAAUUCUUCGAUGUUUCCUAUGUCUGAACAUAUGAACAUGGUGAUUAGCCCUAAUUCAAAUGAACAAGAAUUAGGGUUACCAUCUGAUCAAUAUGCUUCAACGUCUACUUCAAGCUGCCAAAUCGAUAUGUGGAAGUGAUCGAUGAUCACCAAAUACACAAUAUACUCCCUCCGUCCCUUACAGUUUGCCGUAUUUGACUAAAACAACUCUCACAAAAAAAUGGUCAAAGGGGGCAUACAUGCUAAAUCGGACGGAUUAGUAUUUGCUAAUUAAUUACCUAAUUAACUUGAUCUUAUACCUAUACAUACUGAUUAUUGUAUUGGAAGUUGCCUAAUCUUGGACAAAUUCCUUGUACAUAAUAAAACAUGGUAAUGCAAUAUUAAUAUUAAUAGGGGUAUUUGGACUUGCAUUGUGUGAUCAUCUCCUUUGAGUUGGUCGUCAAUGUAGAUGACUUAAGGUAUUCGAUGCUUAUUAUUAUUGGAAAAUAAUAGCAUCUAUCUAGCUAGGAGAUUGAAAGAUUUCCGACUAUUAUUGGGAUUUCAGACUUUAAAUCAUCAAAUAUAUGAUUGUACUUAUUUGUAUUGAAUUAAAGUAAUUUUACAUUUGAAGUGGAUUAUUAUGUUAUUGUUUUUAUGUCCAAUUUAUAAUAAUUUUUUGUUUUUUAUAUUUAUGGUAUCUUGUACUAAU